AUGUUCGCUUACGUGCUGUUCCUUCUUGCGGUCCAAAUGUUGCUUAUAACAAACAAGGCGGAUGUGAUUCCUGAAAUUGAUAGCAUUCAUCCUGAGGAUAAUGGCACAUGGCACUAUCCAGACUACAUCUCGGGAAAUGAAAUCUGGGACCCUAAUGAUUAUCUUGAAAGUUACGAAGACUAUACUCCCGGUUACUACUAUAGUGGUGAGAAUGAUCCAGAUCUCAACUCGAUCGAAGAAUAG